UUCUAAAAAUCAGCAUUGAGAAGGGGAUACUGUAAGCACAGUUUUCAUCCCAAGCACUUAAACGUCUCUGCUCCAAUAGAGAGGCUGUGAUUCAGAGGAGGUGUUUUUCUAUUGGGUGUAGCUUUUGAAGGGGCGGGACUAUGCCACAGGCUGGUGGGCAGGAAGGGGCUGGCUUUAGGGGAGUGUGUGUGUGUGUGUGUGUGUAUGUGGGGCUUGCUGGAAGUGUUUGAGCCAGAUAGUUGGAGUAGACACUCUUCUGCUUCCUGCCUGCCUGUUUGCCUCACUCGCAGAGAGAGAGAGAGAGUAAGAGAGAGAGAGAGAGAGUAAGAGAGAGAGAGAGAGAGAGAGAGAGAGAGAGAGAGACAUCGAGAGAAAAUCCCUGUCUAGGCAUGGACCUCCGGCUGCAGCAGUCGGCAGCUCGCGAGGAAUGACAACAGCUCACAUGGUCAUUAACUCCAGUCGCUGAGGCUGAGGGGAGAGCCGCGCAGUAAAGCUCGGUGUCACAGCAGCGCCGGGUGCUUUCUAUGAUUGGGACAGCAGACAAGACAGCAGAGCGACGGGACACGAGUGAAAUGAGAUCACAGACAGAAAGUGCCUUGUGAGACCGCGGCCCUACUUGAAGAUAUCUGUGCUCUUCUGAAGAGCUUCAGAUUUUUUUUCCCCCUCUGCAGUCGUGACAGGUCAUCGCUCAGCCGCAAACACCUGUGCUCAGAGAAGAAAACAGUGGAGCUGCUGCACUGCUGGCCGAGGUGCCAAACCUCAUUAAGAGUAGGUACUGAAGACUUUUAGUAAACCACAAACUUUGUUGUCCUAAACUGUGCCAUUGCACCUCAGAAUAGCACCUCUUUGCCCCCCAAACAUCUGAUAUCAUCGCUCAUACAAAGGACAUUUUGGGGGGACAUUGGUACAAACAUUAACGUUUGGCUCCAAGUAUGCCCCCUCUGCCUUGUCAGAGGUCUUCACCUGAGACUUACUGAUUGAUGAACAAUUAGCUUUUUUGACUGACAAACUCCACAACAGCAGUGCUGUCCCAUGCUCCCAUAGUCCAUUACCUCCACUUUCCUGUCCACAAGGACAAACCUCAUCCACUGACCUGACGCAGAUCAUUCACAGCUUCAUGUCCCUUCGCUUUUAGUUUGUUGUGUGUUUUAUUUUUUUUUAACUGGGACAUUUAAAAAAAAAAAAAAAAAGGCCUCCCCUCCAGAGGAUAGCCUCCUCCUUCAACCCGAGUGGCUCCACUCCACCCCAUCUGCCGACAUGGCUCUAAACAUCGCCUCGAUACGGGACACAAAAUGGCUGACCCUGGAAGUGUGCCGGCAGUUUCAGAGAGGGACCUGUUCGCGCAGUGAUGAGGAAUGCAAAUUUGCCCACCCACCCAAGAGCUGCCAGGUGGACAACGGGAGGGUGAUCGCCUGCUUUGACUCGUUAAAGGGCCGCUGCACGCGAGAGAACUGCAAAUACCUCCACCCGCCCGCUCACCUCAAGACCCAGCUGGAGAUCAACGGGAGAAACAACCUGAUCCAGCAGAAGACGGCGGCCGCCAUGUUGGCUCAACAGAUGCAGUUCAUGAUCCCGGGCACCACCAUGCAGCCUGUGCAGACGUUUUCAGUCAGCCAGGGCCUGGGCUCCGGCGCCGGUUUGAGCUACACACCCUACCUGACUCCCAUGUCCCACAGCAUGGGCCUGGUGCCCACAGACAUCCUGCCCAGCUCGCCUGUCAUCGUCCCUGGCAGCCCGCCCGUCUCCAUGACCGCAGGCUCCUCCUCCAACCAGAAACUGCUUCGUACGGACAAACUGGAGGUGUGUCGCGAGUUCCAGCGAGGCAACUGCGCUCGCGGCGAAACCGACUGCCGCUUCGCCCACCCGAGCGACAGCCCCAUGAUCGACACCAGCGACAACACGGUGACCGUCUGCAUGGACUACAUCAAGAGCCGCUGCUCCCGCGAGAAGUGCAAAUACUUCCACCCACCGGCCCACCUGCAGGCCAAGAUUAAGGCGGCGCAACACCAGGCCAACCAGACAGCCGUGGCCGCGCAAGCCGCCGCCACGGCUGCAGCCAUGACUCAGUCGACUGCCAAAGCAAUGAAGCGACCCCUCGAGGCAACUGUAGACCUGGCGUUCCCCCACGGCGUCCUCCAGCCCCUACCAAAGAGACAAGCACUUGAGAAGAGCAACGGAGCGAGCUCCCUGUUCAACCCCAGUGUUUUGCACUACCAGCAGGCGCUGGCCAACGCACAGCUCCAGCAGCCCGCUUUCUUUCCCACAGGGUCAGUCUUGUGCAUGACUCCUGCUAGCAGUCUUGAUCAUCCUGAAGUAAGCGUCAGGACGGGAACGGAGUGUCACCAAGCUGCACUAGGAAACCCAAAACAGCCCCUGUGUAAAUACUACCUGACCUCUCCCAUAGAGGUCCAGCAACCUGCAUGCUAAGAGUGUAACACUUCAAUUUAACCGUAAGAACUGCAGUGCCGGUGUAACACACACACACACAGAAAAAAAGAUAUAUACUGUAUGUAUUGCUAGAAAAAACUAUUAACAGGAAAAAGUCAAAAAUAUUCUUCUGUAUAGAGCUACAUAACACACACACUAUAGAGGUCAUCUUAACAACCCAAAGUACCGUGGAGCCCCUCUCCUUCAUAUUUAUUCUGCUGCACAACCUUCAUCCCUUUCGGUUGGAGAGUGAGAAGCUCGAUUUGCACUGUAUGAAACGUAUAGUGUUGAAGGCGGAGAGCAGAAAGAGUCACAGAGAAUCCUGUGCACAACCACACUCGGCGCUUUUUCAAGAACGCUUUCGUCUUUCUCUUUCUACUAAAGUUGAAUGUCCUCGGGGGCAGACAGGUUCAUGUUUUCUUAAUGUGACUUGUCCCCCUGCGAGCUGACCCUCACCUGUCCCAGAUGCUGUCAAAACGCCAUGAUGAAGCUUUUCGCGCUCCCCUCCCCCUGCAUCGCCAAUUCUGGAAACACCCUUGCCAAAGCUCGGACUCAACCUGCCAGAAAAAAAAAAGGCCACAUUUCAACACCCUAAUUCAUGUUUUUUCCUCCUUUGCCAUCGCGAGAGCUGCUCAUAACGAACCCUUUAUAUGUUUUUUGAAAGAUUGUGCACGGAUUUUUUUGCAUGAAGUUCGGUCUGGGGAAGAAAGUGCCCAGAUAGUCGACGCCAUUACUGGAGAAAAAAAAAAAGAAAAACAGCCUAAAGGCUUGAGUCUGUGCCAAGAGCUUCCCAAAGCUUAAGGGUCUCGUUCCAGACGUACCAAGCCUUGUGUGUGUGCGUGCAUGUGUGUUUGUAUCUGGAGACUGAUGGUCUGCCGGCAGACUGGGACUUAAAGCGAGGUCCAGCAGGUGACGACAACACCAGGAAGAGGUUUUACGGGGGGUCGGGGUGGGGUGAGGGACUUAAGUGCUAAGACUUUUUAAAAAAACACGGUGCAUUUGACGAUGUUCGUCAAGCAAAAAGAUGACUUGAACUUCGACUGGAGGGCUAUCUGUGACCGUCGGUUGUCCUGUCCAACCCUACUAUCACCGAUAAUCCUGUUCCAUUUUAGAAAAAAACUGUAGAAGUGCCUAAAAAAUGCUCAUCAACAUCAACACACAUCCACUUAAGACACUCUGCUCGUCAGAAGCUACGUGGACUCUUUUCGGGGAAUGACAUCACAGAAACAGUAAACUCUUCGUUCGAAACAUCACAAGUGACUUUAUCCAGACGAAAAAGAAGUUAAAGAAACGACAAAUCAAAAAUAGCUUUGUAGAAUGUUUGGUGACUUUCACGGUGUACCAUCGUUUUCUUACCAUGGUUUUAUGAGUAGUUUACAUGAGGAACGUGAGCGGGGGAAAACAGCGUAUUGUGAAACUGUGUAAUGUAUGUAAAGUGUCUCUUACUUUGAGAGUUUAUAUUCACGGUUAUAGAAAUGUAUUCAAAGUUAUUUAAAAAAACUUGUGUUGUGUCUAUUA